AUGCCGACUGCCUGGACCACACGGAUGAGCAGGGCUGUGUGCUGAAGGAGUGUGGUCCGGCUGAGUUUUCCUGUCGGAGUGGGCAGUGCGUGGCCCUGGCCCUGCACUGCGAUGGUGACCAUGACUGCCAGGACGGCUCGGAUGAGGAGGGCUGUGCUGUGCCCCGGCCGCUGCUCUGCCGUGAGGGUGAGGUGACAUGUUCCCACAGUGGGGAGUGUGUGCCAGAAGCCUGGCGCUGUGAUGGUGCUGCUGACUGUAGGGAUGGCUCAGACGAGCAGGGCUGCCCUUGGGAAGAAGAGCUGUGUGAAGACCAGCAGUGGGGCUGCUCCCAUGGCCAUGAGUGCAUCCCUGAUGUCUGGCGCUGUGACGGAGAGACUGACUGUACUGAUGGCAGUGACGAGGCUGGCUCGGUGCUGGUGUGGCCCAGGCUAUUGGCUUGCUGCGGAUGGUCUGUCCUGCGUGGACAUAGAUGAGUGCACAGAGUGGGGCAAGGGAGCCUGCAGCCAGACAUGCCUCAAUGCCCCAGGGUCCUACAGCUGUGGCUGUCUCCCUGGCUACCUGCUGGAGCCUGAUGGCCACACCUGCAAACUCACUGGACCAGAGCCCAAGCUGCUGGUGGCUGUGCAGUCUGAGGUGUUGUCCUAUGGCCUGCGGAGUGGCCAUGAGGAGGUGGUGCUGGCCACUGACAAGGAUCGUGUUGUCUUCUCACUCGACUAUGACUUGGUGGAGAGGAAAGUCUUCUGGAUGGACCUGGCCACAGAGAGCAUCCGUUGGCAGGACCUCAGCUCAGGAAAGAAAGGCACACUGGUGAAAGGUGUGAGAUCAGACUGUAUAGCAGUGGACUGGCUUGGGAGGAACCUGUACUGGACAGAUGGGGUAGCAGGGCAGGUGCUGGCCACUCGCCUGGGGGCUGCCUGGCGAGGGAUACCAGAGUACACUGUGGUGAUGGAUGGAGACCUGGACCAGCCCCACUCUCUGGUGCUCCAGCCUCUGGCAGGGCUGAUGUACUGGUCAGAGGUGGGGAGCCACUCACGGCUGAUGGAGGCCAGCAUGGAUGGGAGUUGGCGGCACGUGCUGCUGGCCCAGGGACUGGGCUGGCCCACAGCACUGGCCCUCGACCUCCCCACCCAGAGGAUCUUCUGGCUGGAUGAGAAGCUGGGCGGUGUUGGUUCUGCACGUCUGGACGGCAGCAGUGUGAAGGUCCUGAAGCUGCGCUGGGUCCGAAGCCCCUUUGCAGCAGCUGUGUGCGAGGGGCAGCUCUACUGGUCAGAGAGGAAGACAUGGUCAGUGCAGCAGGUGGACAAGGCCAGCGGCAAGAACAGGACCGUGCUACUCAAACGGCACGGGCAGCCCCAUGGCCUCCAGGUGAUGCACCCAGCCCUGCGCCCCGCGGCCCCCAACCCAUGUGAGACACGCGGCUGCUCCCACCUGUGCCUGCUGAGCGCCAGGCACACUGGGCAGUGCCGCUGCCCCGCCGGGCUGAUGCUGGCCGCCAAUGAGACCACCUGUCUGCCCAUCCGUGAUUCGGCCUUUGCCCUCCUGGUCUCACCGGCAGCUGUGACACAGGUCUACCUGAAGGACCUGCCCGCAUCAGCUGGAUCCCAAGGGCUUCCCCCACAUCGGGCCCUGCCUUUGGCCAAGGUGAGCCGCCUGACAGCUGUUGACUAUGCAGUGAAAGACAAGAGUUUGUACUUUGCAGAAGUGGGAGGCAAUUCCAUCGGACUGCUGCGCCUGAAGGACUGGGGACGGCUGUCCUGGAAGAAGGCAGUAGCUGUGGAGGGCACGGUGACAUCCCUGGCCUUGGACUGGCUGAGUGGGAACCUUUACUGGAUUGGGGGGCAGCCACCCAUCAUCCAUGUGGCAGCUCCCAGGGGGCGGUGGGCCCUGGCACUACUCAGCGAGGGGCUGCAGGGUGCUGCCUGGCUGGCACUGUGUCCUCGUGCUUCCACCAUGUGCUUUGUCACAGCAGCUGGCAGCCAUGGGCGUGGCGCCGUGGUGGAGUGUGCGGCCAUGGACGGCACUGGCCGCAGAGUGGUGUGGAGGAGAGCCCGGGCUCCCACUGGCCUUACCUUUGGGGGUGCUGGCACCAGGCUGUACUGGGCAGACCACGAGAGAGGUACCAUCAGCAGUGUUGAGCUGGAUGGAUCCCGCUUCCGGCUGGUGCGGGAAGGGCUGCAUGGUCUCUCACUCUUUGCCAUAGGAGAAGGCUUUCUGCUCUGGAGCACAACCUCAGCCAAUGGCGCCUCAGUGAAGGUGGGGACGGAGGUCCCUGCAGUGGCACCAUCAGGAAUGGCCCACGUAGAACAGCAACCAGUCUCAUCCAUAGCUGCACCCCAGCCUCGGCAGCCCCGCCCCAGCCUAUCUGCAGCCCCUGGCCCCCAGGAGCACGGAGAGCCCUUCGUGGUACCCCCCAGCACGGAGGAGGUGCUGGGGGCUGUGCCCUGCAGCAGCGAGACAUGCAACCUGCGCGGGGAGUGUGCCAUCGAGGCUGGCCGAGUGACGUGCCACUGUGCCCUGGGCUAUCGUGGCGACUACUGCGAGGAGGCCGAGGUGCAGCCCCUGGCAGGACCCAUUGUCCUGGGGGUGGCCGUGCUCCUGCUGCUCGCUGCUGCUGCUGUGGGGGCCCUGGCCUACAUGCGGAGGCGGGACAGGCGGAGGAGGACCUCGAGCGCUGCUUCCACUCGGGUGCUGACCCUGUACCACCGUGAAAGUGAUCCAGAGGAAGAGGAUGAGGAGGAGGAAGAGCUUCCCCCCAAGAGUGAUACAUUUGUCAAUGAAGCUUACGAAGGGAAAGAGGAGCUGCCAGCCCUGCUGAGGAAAGGACCAUCUCACAUCAACACCGUGAUUUCAUAA